AUGGUUAACAAACAUCCAAGCGAUCCUCGAAGCAACGUUCAUAAAUACCAUGGAUACCACCCUGCUAAGUAUGCUCUCAACAACGUCUCACUCACGGUUCGCACUGAUGACAGCUUAACUCCCGGGUGCCCACCAUGUUUGACUCAAAAAACCGUCGGAUUAUAUCUCCAGCCCAUAAGCAGGGAACUUGCAGAAAUGCCACCAAGGCCAACUAUAGACGACCUGCCAGAUGCGGUAAUUGAUAGAGCAGUUCAAAAAGACAAAGCGUUUUGGGUGGACAAACCUGGGGCAAAUGCUUAUACGCUCCACGAUGCCUAUAACUAUUACGGAAUGACUACAGAAGUAAUCAAACCACCUCACCAGGAAGUGUUACCACGGUCGUAUCAGUUCGAACUCGACUGCGUGAAAUAUCGGCGGCAACAUGCGUGUGAUGGCCUAAAACACAUCGGUGACAAAAACGCGAAACCAUUAAGCUCACACUGUCAUGACUGUCAAAAAGCGAACGAUACUUUGACACACCGCCUUUUCAUUGAAGAGACAGGAGAUACGGAACGAGAAAGAUGGAGAUACUAUCCUGAUGUAAACACAGUAUUAUCUCCUGAGAAAAUACGAGAAUUAAUGGACGAGGUUGGUCGACCGUUUAAAAAUGAAGCUUGUAAUUGGUACUACAUCAAGUAUCCACCACAAAGUUAUAAGUGUAUUUUACGAAAAUUUUCAACGUAA